GAUGAUCAAGAAAACCAAAGCCCAAUCGCAUACUAUCACUCUUAAACCUCUCACGGUCUCACUGGAAAUUUUCUUCACGAUUUCUUAGCCCCCAACCGCAAUGGCGUCAAUCGGCGCGUCGGGGCUCGCCUUUUCUGCUACCCAUUCCCAUCGCCGACGUGUUACGUCCUCCGGAGCUGCAUCCGUCCCUCCCAUUAAGCCGCUCCUGGUCAAAUCCAGCCGACCUGCGAACACCUUAUCAUCUCAAAACCCUGAACCCUCGACAUCCACGCCUCGGCGGAAUUUUGACUUUUUAUCAUCCAAACGACUCAAUGGGCUCCUAAAAGCCUCUGCGGCGCUUGGCUCUGGCAUCUUCUUCAUUUCCAACGCCUUUCCUAAUCACACUUUCUAUCCUAAUGGGGGUGGAGGCGGCUCCAGCGGAGGAGCAAGUGGAGGUGGAGGCGGCAGCGGCGGUGGCGGCGGAGAAGGCGGUGAUUUCUUGUCUAAGGUUUUCAGUAAACCGGCCAAUGCUGGCGAGGAAGAGUCUCAAGAGUGGGACAACCAUGGCUUGCCGGCCAACAUUGUGGUCCAGCUGAACAAGCUCAGUGGUUUCAAGAGGUAUAAACUAUCAGACAUCUUCUUCUUUGAUCGGAAGCGUAGGACUAAAAUUGGAACCGAGGAUUCAUUCUUCGAGAUGGUGUCUCUCCGGCCAGGUGGGGUUUACACCAAAUCGCAACUCCAGAAGGAACUUGAAACCCUUGCUUCCAGUGGAAUGUUUGAGAAGGUGGAAAUGGAGGGGAAAUCAAACCCGGAUGGGACAAUUAGCAUCACCAUUCCCUUCUCGGAGAGCACUUGGCAGUCAGCUGAUAGCUUCAGGUGUAUCAAUGUGGGGUUGAUGGCUCAGCAAAAGGCUAUUGAGAUGGAUUCAGACUUGACUGAGAAGGAGAUGAUAGAGUAUUACAAGAUGCAGGAGAGGGAUUACAAUAGGAGAAUCCAGAGGUCAAGGCCGUGUUUGCUUCCGCAGAGAGUUGAAAAUGAAAUUUUGAGUAUGAUGAGGGAUAGUGGGAGUGUGAGCGCAAGACUGCUUCAGAAUAUAAGGGACAAAGUACAACAGUGGUACCAUGAAAAUGGAUAUGCAUGUGCACAAGUUGUGAAUUUUGGUAACUUGAACACAAGGGAGGUGGUAUGUGAAGUGGUCGAGGGGGAUGUCACUCACCUAGCUAUUCAGUUCCAGGACAAGCUUGGUAAUGUAUGUGAAGGGAACACUCAGCUCUCUGUUGUUAGGAGAGAAAUACCUAGACAGCUUCGCAAAGGACAAGUUUUCAACAUUGAAGUCGGAAAACAAGCCUUAAGGAACAUAAAUUCACUCUCUCUCUUCUCCAACAUUGAAGUGAACCCACGGCCUGAUGAAAAGAAUGAGGGUGGAAUUAUUGUUGAAAUUAAGUUGAAGGAAUUGGAACAAAAGUCUGCAGAAGUCAGUACAGAAUGGAGUAUUGUGCCUGGACGUGGAGGUCGCCCUACACUGGCUUCAAUUCAACCUGGUGGAACUGUUUCCUUUGAGCAUCGGAAUCUUAAAGGGCUGAAUAGGUCACUACUAGGUUCCGUAACUACCAGCAACUUCCUCAACCCCCAGGAUGAUCUUGCAUUCAAGCUUGAGUACGUCCACCCAUAUUUAGAUGGUGUAUCUAAUCCUCGUAAUCGUACAUUCCGUACAAGCUGCUUCAACAGCAGAAAACUGAGUCCAGUCUUCACAGGUGGGCCAGGGGUGGAUGAAGUCCCUCCUAUAUGGGUGGAUCGAGCUGGAGUUAAAGCCAACAUUACGGAGAACUUCACACGACAGAGCAAGUUCACUUAUGGAAUUGUGAUGGAAGAAAUUACAACCCGAGAUGAAAGCAGCCAUAUCUCUGCUCGUGGUCAGAGGGUGUUGCCAAGUGGAGGAAUUAGUGCUGAUGGACCUCCAACAACACUCAGUGAAAAUGGCAUUGAUAGAGUGGCAUUCUUUCAGGGAAACAUCACUAGAGAUAACACCAAGUUCAUAAAUGGAGCUAUUGUCGGUGAGAGGAAUGUUUUCCAGGUUGAUCAAGGAUUUGGAAUUGGAACAAAAAAUCCAGUCUUCAACCGACACCAGUUGACUCUCACCAGAUUUAUUCAGUUGAAGAAAGUGAGUGAAGGUGUUGGCAAGCCUCCACCACCCGUUUUAGUCCUUCAUGGACACUAUGGGGGUUGUGUUGGAGAUCUUGCGAGCUAUGAUGCUUUCACACUUGGAGGACCAUAUUCAGUAAGGGGUUACAAUAUGGGCGAGAUUGGCGCAGCAAGAAAUAUACUUGAGGUUGCGGCUGAGCUCCGGAUCCCUGUGAGAGGCACCCACGUUUAUGCAUUUGCUGAACAUGGAAAUGAUCUUGGGAGUUCAAAGGAUGUUAAAGGGAAUCCCACGGAGGUUUACAGGCGGGUUGGCCACGGUUCCUCUUACGGUGUUGGAGUCAAGCUUGGUCUGGUACGUGCUGAGUACGCUGUUGAUCAUAAUUCUGGAACCGGUUCGGUAUUUUUUAGGUUUGGUGAGAGGUUUUGAGGAAGACGGUUUAUGGAGGGGCAAUAAUAUUGCAAGUGGAGAAUGACUUCUUUUUGUCCUUCCAAGCAUACUGCAACUUUGCAAGAAUGUAAAACUCGAGCCCUUCAUGUUGCUUCAGUUCAUGUUCAAUCAACCUCUUUGGUAAUUGCAGUGGGCUCCCCUUAUAUGUUUUGCACCAAUUUGUCUCCUUUGCGUUCUCAUUAGUUGGGAUAGUGCUUAGGCCUCAAAUAUUUAUGUGAUUCUUGAAAUAUAUUUUUUCCUUCUCUCAAUUUCAGCAAACUUCUCAAGAGUUUUAUAUGUGAUUUGUUUUUACUAGAUGUGUGUUGUAGUUGAAAUGAUAAGUAACCUGUAUUUUUUCUCCUUAUUACUUCUCAGGCUGAGGUCUUACUAUGUAUUUCAACUCUUCAAGCACAAUAGCUAAUGUCUGUUUAGGUGACUCAGAACAGUAUACGUAUUUCCCAUGUUAUAUUUCAUACAACAAUGCUUGAUGUACC